GUCUUAUAUACGUCAUAAGGGAAGCACGCUUUCAAGGCGUAAAUAUUUGCAGAAACAUAUAAUUCACGCCUUUAGAAGCACACGAAAAAAAAAAAAUCAAAUUCGCGCCUCUCAGAAAUGAAAAAACCCCGCCUCAAUCCCCCAAUUUUCUCAAAAUCUCAUUCUUCCCUCGCCGGAAUUCCUCGCAUCCUAGGUUCCAGCCAUGGAAACUCUGCAAUCAUUUACUUCAUAUUCCGAUCCAAACCGAGAAAUGAUGGGCCCAUCUCGUAAAUAUUCCCCGAUAAACUUGCCUGAUGAACUCAUAAUCGAGAUCCUCACUUGGCUUCCUGCCAAAACCCUCCUCCGAUUCCGCUGCGUCUCCAAAUCCUGGCGAGCUCUGAUUUCAACCCCAAAAUUCAUCAAAGCCCAACUCGAAAAUUCUUUCAAAAGGGAUGAUUGUGCUCAUCGCCGGGUGCUUUUCCGCCGCAUUGAGUCAUUUGGGGACUUGAAGGCUUUCGACUAUGACACUAAGCAUUUCCCUCUCGCAUCUGCCUUGUUUGGGCCCAAAACAACUCCGAUUGAGUCCAGCAAUGUGGAUGAGCCGGUUAUGAUGUGCGACCAAGGUAGGAUUGUGGGUUCUUGUAGAGGGCUUGUCUGUGUUGCCGUGAGAAACAAACUCUAUUUCUGGAACCCUGCCAUUAGGAAGUUCAAGAAGUUGGCGGCUGGAAUUGACGAUGAAUCAAGAAAUGGAAGGAAGAUCUGA